CUGAAAAACGCACAAAAUCGAAUUCUACUGAGAUCUACUUUUUUCUUAUUUGAUUUUUCAAUAAUUUUUAUCGCAACAAAUGACAUCAACACUCUUUACUCUGGCUUUGUUUUCAUUGCCGCUAAUUGGCGUGACUUUAAAUGGCUCCAUAAUUUUGAGCCUGCUGCGUAAGAAACAGAUGAACAAAAUAGCAAACAUUUUCUUCUUCAACCAAGCUCUUGCAGAUGUUCUUUUCUUGUCGCUACUUCCCUUCAUCAGUCUUGAAUUCUAUCUUCAAGACUGGCCAUUCGGAGAGAUGUCGUGCCAGACACUUAUAGUUCUGGACUCUAUGAACCAGUUCUCAAGCGUGUUUCUCUUAACUGUUAUGUCUGUCGACCGCUACUUCUGUCUGUCGCGACCUCUUACCAGGAUGCAGUUCCGAACCAAAAACUACGCCUGGCUUCUAUCCCUCGCAACUUGGAUCCUAUCAUGUCUGCUUUGCUGCCCUCUUUGGUUCUUCAGCCAGUCGUAUGGAAGCCCAGAAGAUGCAGAGUCAGAUGCAUCGGAGAAAUGCUACUUCCUCGAAAGUGAAGAUUCUAAUUCAGCCAACCAAUACAAAGUGUUCACACUCUACGCGUUCACCGUCGGCUUCCUCGCCCCUCUGCUCGUAAUUUCAGUCGCCAAUUACUCCAUCCUGGGCCACAUCAACAGGAGCAGCAAAUCAAAAGCAGCUGACAGCUACCAGCCUCGGAUCCACACUCCUAACCAGAACAGUGAUAACGAGAAACGGAAGAAGACUUGCGUCAUAGUUGUCAUUUGCACUGUCAUUUUUGCAGUAUGCUGGCUGCCACUCUAUCUCUUUCUCAUUCAUGUUUAUUUCUUCGCCAGCAAUCAAACAGAAGUACAGUCCACAACUCAGCUUCCUUCCUCGUAUAUCGAUUCAAACUCAACAACAAUCACCCUUGUGAGUGGACAACUGGAGAUAAUGGAGACUGACCAAGCUCCUUUAGACACGACUAAUGACACCAUCCGAAUGGCCUGUUUACUGUUAAGCUACUGCAAUGGUAUGUUGAAUCCCCUCGUUUUACUGGUCAUGUCUAGUUCUGUUCGAGCAAAUAUUCCAUUCUUUUGCUCGAGAUCCAGUACAUCCCCAAAUAGCCACAGUCACCGCAACCAACGUCCUACAGUGAAAGAUCCACGCAAAGAUAGUGCAAGUGCGACUACAGUUCAGAAAAUAAGGGGUACGGCGAAGGAAUCAAGUCGAGUAAUUAACCAAUUCAAUAUUGAAGACAAUGCGAAUCAAAAAAAGAAAUCGAGUUACGUUUGA